CCACAUGCAGGUUGGCAACACCAACAGGCAAUUGCUACUGAAAUGUAUGCAUGAUCACGGUGUAUUUGUGGCACUCGUUGGUCAGUUGUUCCUCGUGUUUACGAGCCUGUACGAAAGAUGCUGUUCGAAAAAAUCUUCUGAAAGUUACGCGUCAUUCCAGAUGGAGUGGUUAAAUGUAGUGACUUUCGCGUUCAGUGAUUUAGAACAUGUAAAGUGUGGAGCAGCUAGUGCUCAUUGUGACAGUGACGCUACAUCAUGGAGACAUUCACUGCGUACACAAUGGAAAACCGUUACGGCGCUUGUUGUCAGACCCGACACCACAAAGGAAUUCAACGCACUAGGGCAUGCAAUUGCUGCUGCUGUAAUGCGUAAGGCCAGCGACCAGUUGAUCAAAAUGAAGACGGCUACAGAAGAAACACUGGCCACCGUUGAACAUCUACACGAAGAAACGGAGUACUCGCUUUUCGCAAUAGCUGGUGGCUGCGUGCAACUAGUUAAGCGAGUACUCGCACGCCGACAUAGAUCGAGGUCGGCAAGGCAGAAGAGAGAAGGAACUGCGAUAUUGCAACUGCUGUACACCUGUGUGCGUACAAAAGAAGAAAAGCAACGCCUUCCCAUGCCGACACCACUGAGGUUACGGGACAGAGGAGGUUUUCUCAUUCCACAUAGAGUUUUCCUUCUCUGGCUCAGAAACCUGGACCGUGCAGUCCGAACAAUUGCCUCCGAAGACGGAAUAGCUUUGUAUGGGAAAAACAUCAUAAAGGUUUGUGUGACUAUUUCUACAUUUGUUGGGCACAUAUAUUGCGUAAAGAGAUUUCGAUGUAUAUGCAAAUUAGGUGGUAAAUAAGCCACAAAUCUUUUAUUGUUUUGCUUUUAAUUAUACAGUUUAAAAUAAUGGUAAUGUUUAUCCCAAAAUUCCAAUCAUGACGAAUGCUGUUCGAACAAUCUUCUGAAAGUUACGCGUCGUUCCAGAUGGAGUGGUUAAAGGUAGUGACUUUCGCGUUCAGUGAUUUAUAACAUGUAAAGUGUGGAUCACGACUUAAAAUCUAUUGUACAUACUUGGUUGAUGUAACUUUCGUACCAAAUUAUUAGCCAACAGCGUGACGAUGACGUAAAUGGGACGUGACAUUAACUCCGCGAGCUAUAUAAUAAAUUUAACAUAUUGGUUAAUGACUGACAGUGUCGGAAUGUUGACGGAAGGCUGAAAUGACUAGCUGUUUAUAAAUAACAAAGCUUGCUUGCAGCCCAGUAAAACAAAGUGGUAGUUUUGGGUGUGCAAAACAGCAAUCAUUUCACACAUGCACAUCCAAACUACCCAUGUGUGUACUACUGUGUUCAUGUACCCCGUUCAUACAUACAUACCUGGGUACAUGGGUACAUGGCUUUGUUUACCUGAUAACUUGGUUCUGUUGUUUAUUGUCAUUACAACAAAGCUAUAUAAACACCACCCCAAAAUGGAAAGCACUUCAACACGCAUUGCACCGUCGCACGCCUGUUGCAACUACUUUA